AUGGAAAAGGAUGAUAACAGGGCGGAGCUAGUAGCUGUGGAAGGAAAAGAGAUUGAAACGCAUUACGUGUUGGCUCGAGAAAGGAUUCGCCGAUGGAAUUCAACUUCGAAAUGCUACCUUCUUGUCGAAAACUUGCCGACGCCCUUGCAGGCGGGUGGCAUAGCGAGUGCAAGCGUGUGGUCUUCAUGCGGUUGCCGUCAGCGGUUGUUGGCUGCCGUCACGAGUGGUGGACGGGCCGUGCACUGGGCAGCUGUACCCGCUCCGCCGGCCAACGACUCGGAUCUCUGCCGGUUUAAUUACACGUUCCCAGUGACGGCAGACAUGGCACCAGUCAGUUCUCUUCUCGUCUAUUACGUCACAGAAGCUGGAGAGCCAGUCAGCGACGUUGCCAGCUUUCACGUUCGACUCCUGCAUAAAGAGGUGGCAGUGGCGAUAGAAGAACGACGAUGGUGGUAUCCUAGAGCAGCACUACAGCUUCGAGUCCUUGCUCCACCAGACUCUACAAUGUGCCUCAUUGGAGCACGAGCGCCACCUGAUGCAAGAUUUGAUCCUCAUCAGACGGCUCCAGAACACGAAGAAGCACCGGGCCCCGAGUUUGUUUCCGCGGGCGUCUCACUGUUUGUCGGCGGCGGUGCUUGUGGUGGAGGCGUGUUAUACCGCCAGAGAACCGCGCCAGCUCCUCACGCUCCUGCACACCUGGUACCUCCAGCCUCGCACGACCGAUUGUGGAUGUGGAAAUGCUUCAAUUAUACAAACCAGCUAUCCACGGACGGCGUGACAAUCUCAGCGCCCUCAGAAGCUGGUCGUUGGUCCCUUUGGGCUCUAUCCCUUUCAAACCAUGGUCUUCGAUUCUCUGCACCUCGGACGAUCAACGUUUUCCGCCCAAUCCAGCUGGACUUCUCCCUACCACCAGCUCUGAAAGUUGGAGAGACAGUGGAGGUUGAUGUCAAGAUAACUAACAACAUCAAUAAUUGCAUGGAUGUCACUGCGCUUUUGGCACUUAGCGCUGGUGCGGCAUUUGCAAGCACCGGAGCAUUGUACGUGACAGAACGCCUUCGGCUCGGACCUCGAGGUGGAACGCAACUGGUGGUCAGAGUGGCAGUGAAUACGCCUGGACGAAAGAAUAUUACAGUGGAAGUGACCGGCUAUAGUGCGGACAACUGCUCCGUGUCCUACACAUCCUUCAACAACGAGACUCUCGUCGGCUCCGUCAUCAGGUCAGCCAGCGUGUUGGUGCUGCCUGAAGGUCUACACCGGACUGACACCCAGAGCGCCUACUUCUGUGCUAACGAACAUCUGGCAGUGUCUUCUCGAGGAUCUUGGGAGUGGCAAUGGGUAGCUGCCCCUCGAAAUCGAGCAGGGUUGGUACUGGAACUGCGAUCUCAAGGAGCAGCUCACGUGGCAUUGUCAUCAAUACGAGAACCUUCAGAUGACAUGUAUAGAGUCGUGUUUGAAAGAACAAGAGUUUGGAUUGCUAAAGGAAAACAUGGGUACGAUGUCCAUCUGGCUAGUGCUGAACAAACGGAGAGUGAUGAGGACUGUUCGGGAGCUGAUUCUUGGUGCGCCUGGUGGGUCUGGUGGGAGGGAGGCAGGUUAUCCGUAGGCCGAGGAGCCUCACCUUCCGAAAGACGACUCCUCGUCUGGCCUCUUGCUCCUGACAUGAGAAUCAAGUUUGUCGGCUUCAGUGCACUUUGGGGAGAUAAGGCUGAUUUUAGAAUUUGGAACUUUAACGAAGAAGCAGGAUUCUCUCAAGUCCUGGAACUCGGUCUACCACAUGGUGUCGUCCCAGGAUCUGCAAGUGGAACUCUACUAGUAUCUGGAGGUCUUCAUCUUCCCCUGUAUAGUCUUCAAACGGACUCUACAGAUCAAUGGGCUGAAGUUUGGAGAGACUCGCAACUGUCAGCAGCUUCUGCCAGUUUAGCACCUUUACUGGCCUUGGAACAUAUACCACAUUUGGUUGACGAUGCUGAAAGGGAACGAAUCUUAAAAAAACUGCCUGAACAGGUUCAAGUUUUACUAUCCUUCCGGAAAAGCGACAAUUCCUUCAGCGACCAUCCUGGAAUGAGCAGUCACCUUUCAACAAUAAAGAUAUUGGAAAUAUUGACGAAGAUCCAAUCUUACUACCCGAUUGACCCAGAACUGCUUCAAAACAUAAAGAAAUGGAUACAAAAGCGACAGAACGCAGAUGGAUCCUUCACACCUCUGGCAGCUGAUAAAGAAGUGGAUUAUUAUCCAGUAGAUAUAACAAAGUCUAAUGGUACAGCAAAAGAAGUAGACGUUAAUGAAUAUUAUUAUUACGAUAAGGAUGGGAACAUGACUCAAGAAGAAAUCGAUUGGGAAAGAAGAGUUGAAGUGACUGCUGAGACUUUGGUUGCUUUGCUUGAAGUUGGAGUUGAGAAUCAGGUUGACGCUGACGUUGCGAAGAAAUCUCAGAAUUAUUUGGAACAUAACUUGCACAAUUUAACUUCUCCAGCUGCUCUUGCUGCUACUGUCUUAGCUCUGGUUCUAGCUAGGAGUCCAAUAGUACCAGAAGCGUUGGUGAUUCUAAGGAAUGCAUCAACAACAGAAGAAGGCGAGUUCGGAUGGCCAGCACCGAGAAAGGAUGCUGCUGACUGGUUACUUGAGGAAACUUCUAGAAAUAUCAAAACGACGUCAUAUGAAGCCGUAACAAUGGAGCAAUAUGUAGCUGGGGUGCGAGUAUUGCUAGCUGCGUGUGCUCGCGGUGCCCUAGCUGAAGGUGAAGCGGCAGCAAGGUUCCUUUACUACCGCGCUUCUACACUGCAGAGGCACCCCAGCCUGGCCUACAGUGCUACUAAAGCUGCUGCGCAAUAUGCCGCAUUAGCUCAUGACAGACAUCGAGCUCUCACGGUAUCGCUAGCAACAGCUGGCAUGGAAUUGACAGACACCUUGGAACUCCGCGCACGUACGCCACCUCGUCCUCUACAACUGCCAGGUUUACCCACAAAAGUGUUUGUGUACGCUACUGGUGCUGGAUGUGCUACUGUUCAGGGAACAAUAACAUAUUCAACAUACACACCAAAACCUGAGAACGCAUUGUUGAACAUUCAAGCUGCCAUCAUUGAAGAAAUUCGGCCUGAAAGGAGUAGCAUAGAGGAUUUGCAAGGAAAUCUACCUACGCUGAUCAUUAAAACUUGUUUCAAAUGGAAGGGUAAAGAACGUUCAGGAAUCCUUCGCUUAGAAUCGUCUCUGUUCUCGGGCUAUGAAUUGCAUUCAGUAAACCCUGUGGUGUUAGAUGGCGCUACUUUCGCUGAUUUGCAUUACGGAUCUAGAGGAGAGUCCGUAUGGUUCGUCUUUGCUAACAUAAGCUCCACGUGUCCUGUUUGCGUCACCUAUGAAGUACGUUCCAAAUUUGUCAUUACAAGUUUGCGACCAGCUUUCGCCAAGAUUUAUCCUUCGACGCGACCAGAUCUGGCAGUUGAAACAUUCUUCCACGCUCGACCUGGAAGCCCACUGUUACGAGGCAUUACUGACGACGAUUUCAUAACAUGGUUUGAUAAAACUGAACUUGCUAGUCUUAAAACAAGUACAAGUAUCGAUAACAUUUGUGAAUGUGGGCGUAUUUGUAGCAGGGAUUAUGAAUUUAGGAAGAACGACGAGGAGCACACUGAAGGCACAACAGAAAACGUUGAUACAACCACUGAAGAAACUAGUACAAAAACCACUUCAGAACAUUCAACUACUGAAGAAAUUACAAGUACCGAAACCAGUACUUCGUCAAGUACUACAGAGUUUGUAACCACACAGGACACAACAACUACUGAUAGAACCACUACUGAUAAUAUUUCAUCUAUCAAAAUCGAAAGCAUUGACGACCCUAUCAUAAUUCCAACUGUGACUUACGUAAAUACAACUGAGAAGCAGGAUAUCAAUAAUGACUUAGGUUCUUUAUUGCCAAAGAUAAGUGGAGAACUCAUCGUGCCAAAAUCAGUUUUGUCAAGGAAAGAAGACAUUAAGAAGAAACCACUGCCUAGAAGAAAGGGAACAUUAAAAGCGACAUACGGUGACAAACAUGAAAAAUUCUUCUUGAAAUUAAGGGAGAUGGGAAAUUCUGUUUCAACUACUACGUCUGCUACUACUACUUCAAUAAUUACGUCUCCUGCUCCUACUACUACUAUAAUCGCAAUGACAUCUACUGAUGAACCUCGACAAAUAUUAAAUGAUAAAAACUAUACGGCUCCUCCGAUUACCUUAGAAACAGAAAAGGCGCAACAUAAAAUCGUUCUUAACAAAACAGACGCUCUAAAACCACUUAUUCCGGUAAAUAUUGUAGCUAACAAAACAGAACUUAAAACGGAAAUCGUUAAUAUAAAUUCGGAGGAAAAUAUGACUAAUGUUAACAAAACUAUUAAUGUUGAAAUUAAAACUACAGAACUUCCGAUUACACAUAACGAUAUUACAACAAUGAAGCCGAUCAAAUCAGUCAUUCCUCACACAAUAACAGCUAUCACUAACAAUAAUAUCAAAUCAAUACACUACAGGACAAAGAAGCCUAAACCUGUAACUCAAAUUAAGAAACCAGUUAUUAACAAUAUCCACAAUACUGAAAGACAAAACAAAAGCGAAGAUAUCAACUCCGAUAUUAUAAACAAAACAAAAAAGAAAACAAUAAUUCCGCAAAAGUACAAUGCGAAAACAAUGAAGUCUAUAAACAAAGAGAUACAUAAAAUCCCGCCAACGCCAAUUUCCGAAACUUCAAAGACGUUGUCAGAAACUCUCAAAUACGAUAUCGCACCGGAAAAUAAGGGUGGCUUCGAAAUAUUAGACAAGAAUAAUUUAUGGGAGCUACUAAAGGAAGGGUCCGAUAAUGAUCCUUCAAAACUAGAGGAAAAACUACACGUUCAUAAUAGAUUAAAUAUAUUAGGACAAAACGUGUCUAACAUAGAUGAUAACCGAUCAUUAUAA